AUGGAGGUUGUAGAUGAAGGGAUUGACAAACUCUUAGAAGACUCGAAGGAUUUACAACAACAGAAUAAAGCCUUUGACAAACUCACCGAUCUUGCUCAAGAGCGUACACUGAAUUUAUCUAGGGCCCAAGAGGCUGUGGCGUCGAUUGCUGCAUCUUCAGAAGCUGAUUUGAAUGCUAGGAAAUUGAGAGAGAAAGAAUUGGCUGCUGUGAAGGUAAAUGCUGGUCAUAUAGACAUCAUUGCGAACGAACUAGAGAUUGACAAGAAGGUUGCAGAGAGAACAUUACGUGAACACAAAGGCGAUGCUGUUGCUGCCAUCCGUCACUUGCUUCGCUAG